AUGAAAAACUUUUUGACGGAUGCCUUGUCCAGAUUGGCCCAGCAUGAUAGUCAGAAAGAGGAAGUGAUAGACUCCAUUAUCCCUCCUAGCGCGGUGGCGGUAGCGGUAGUCACGCGCUCCAUAAAAAAAAAGGAAGCGAAGGAACCACGACUCCCUUCCAGUGUUCAAACUCUGCCUGGCGUGAUCUCUGAUGAGGGAAUCUUCUUGUUCUUCCAGGGUCCCUUUUCCUUUGAGGAGGUGUCCGUCUCUUUCAUGGAGGCAGAGUGGGCCCUGCUGGAUCCGGGACAAAGAGCUCUGCACAGGGAAGUCAUGCUGGAGAACUACGGGAAUGUGGCCUCUCUGGGAUAUAUGGAGAAAGACCACUGGAUGAGAAAUGAAUUCAGUCAGAGUAGAAUUCUUCAGCUGCACCAAAAAACCCACACAGGAGAGAAACCUUUUGAAUGCUCAGAGUGUGGAAAGAGAUUUAUUGUGAAUGGCAGCCUUCAAAAUCAUCGGAGAACCCACACAGGGGAGAAACCCUUUGAGUGUUCAGAGUGUGGAAAGAAAUUCAGUCAGAGUGGCCAUCUUCAGUAUCAUCAGAGAACCCACACAGGGGAGAAACCAUUUGAAUGCUCAGUGUGUGGAAAGAGAUUCCGUGGGAGUGGCAGUCUUCAGUGUCAUCGUAGAACUCACACAGGGGAGAAACCAUUUGAAUGCUCAGAGUGUGGAAAGAGAUUCAGUAGAAGUGGUGAUCUUCAGCAUCAUUACAGAACUCACACAGAGGAGAAACCUUUUGAAUGCUCAGAGUGUGGAAAGGGAUUUAUUGUGAAUGGCAGUCUUCAGUAUCAUCAGAAAACCCACACAGGGGAGAAACCAUUUGAAUGCUCAGAGUGUGGAAAGAGAUUCAGUCGGAGAGAAAAUCUUCAACUUCAUCAGAGAACCCACACAGGGGAGAAACCAUUUGAAUGCUCAGAAUGUGGAAAGAGAUUCAGUCGGAGAGAAACUCUUCAACUUCAUCAGAGAACCCACACAGGGGAGAAACCUUUUGAAUGCUCAGAGUGUGGAAAGAAAUUCAGUCAGAGUGGCCAUCUUCAACUUCAUCAGAGAACCCACACAGGGGAGAAACCAUUUGAAUGCUCAGAGUGUGGAAAGAGAUUCAGUCGGAGAGAAACUCUUCAACAGCAUCAGAGAACCCACACAAGAGAGAAACCUUUUGAGUGCUUAGAGUGUGGAAAAAGAUUCCAUCAGAGUGGCCGUCUUCAACUUCAUCAGAGAACCCACACAGGGGAGAAACCUUUUGAGUGCUCGGAGUGUGGAAAGAGAUUCAGUCAGAGUGGCAGUCUUCAACUUCAUCAGAGAACCCACACAGGGGAGAAACCAUUUGAAUGCUCAGAGUGUGGAAAGAGAUUCAGUAGAAGUGGUGAUCUUCAGCAUCAUCACAGAACUCACACAGGGGAGAAACCUUUUGAAUGCUCAGUGUGUGGAAAGAGAUUCAGUUGGAAUGGCAGUCUUCAAUAUCAUCGUAGAACUCACACAGGGGAGAAACCUUUUGAAUGCUCAGAGUGCGGAAAGAGAUUCAGUAGAAGUGUUAAUCUUCAGCAUCAUUACAGAACUCACACAGGGGAGAAACCUUUUGAAUGCUCAGAGUGUGGAAAGAGAUUUAUUGUGAAUGGCAGUCUUCAAAAUCAUCAGAGAACCCACAGAGGGGAGAAACCCUUUGAGUGCUCAGAGUGUGGAAAGAAAUUCAGUCAGAGUGGCCAUCUUCAGUAUCAUCAGAGAACCCACACAGGGGAGAAACCAUUUGAAUGCUCAGAGUGUGGAAAGAGAUUCAGUCGGAGUGGCAGUCUUCAGCGUCAUCAUAGAACUCACACAGGGGAGAAACCUUUUGAAUGCUCAGAGUGCGGAAAGAGAUUCAGUGAGAAGAGGAGUCUUGAACAUCAUCAGAGAACACACAGAGGGGGGGAUUGUUAGAAUUCUCAAUGUCCGGCCACGGGUUGCCGCACCUGGAUUCGUUAAUGACCCCAACGGACGCUUUGAUGUGGGAGAGACAGCAUCCCAAUGAAUGAGACCACCCCCCACCCCUCCUUGAACUUGCUGAUAAACUCCAAACACGAGAAACCUUUUCAUUGCUUAGAGUGUGAGAGAAGAUUCAGUUAGAGUGGCACUCUUCAGGUGCAUCAAAGUACCCGCACAUGGGGAGAAAACCUUUGAGUGUGCAGAUUCAGUCAGUGUGACGAUUUUCAAAAGCAUAUAUGAACUCUUAUCAGGGAGAAGCCUUUUGGCUUUUCAGACUGUGGAAAGAGAUUCUGUUGCAGAAGCACUCCUUGAUAGCAACUGAGACCCCACACAGGGGAGACACAAUUUUAAUGUUGGGAGCUUUGAAAGUGAUUCAGUCGAAGAAGUUUUCUUCUACUGUGUCGAGGAACCCACACAAGGAGGAUCCAUGUAACCUCUUAGCCCAUAAAAAGAGCUUCCCCCCUAUUUCAUAUGUAAAAGACAACCACAGACCACAAAAAGUAUUGAUGCCAAUUGCGUAUAAGGCUCUAAUCUGCAGAAGAAACCUUACUCUAAUCAGAAAGAAAUGUUAUA